AUGGACAUCGCCGGCGAUGAGCCUACAACACCCAUCUCCACCCUCCGACGACGUAACUCCAUCGCAACACCAUCCGAUAUAAAGCUCCACACUAAUGACGUCUACUCUUCUUCCACCACCACUACCACGACGACGUCUUCCUCAUUAUCUUCUUCAGCAGAUUUCGAGCUGGUGUCGCUCAAACCAGCUUCCUACACCUCCCUCCGCGACAUCCUUCCAUCAACAGCCGCCGUUGUUCAGUCCCCAAAAGUCCCCUCCUCCGCCGUUCAUUCAGGUUACGAGAUUUCGAUCAGAAACCGGCUCGUGAAACAGGCCGCCUGGGCGUACCUUCAACCCAUGUCGACCUCCCCUGAAUCCGGUGGAUCCACCAUCUUCCACCGUCUCUGGACUAGAUUCUCCGACGCUUUCCUACAUCUCUUUACUCAAAUCUGCGAUUGCAUGCUCCGGUGUACUCCAAUCACAACUACCAACUUCCGGUUAUAA